GCGCCGCGGCGGCCCGUGUGAGGGAGCCCGGCACAAAAUGGCGGCGGGGGGGCGGGCGCUGCGUGCGGGGGGGGCCGGCCGGUGACCGCGCCGCCGCCGCCGCUCCCAGCCGUCACCCGGGGCUAAGCGGGACGGGGCCUUACGGGCCGCGGCUGCACGAUCGCCCUCGGGGCGGCGCCGUCGCCCGCCGCCUCUCCUCAGGCCCGGCGCAGCGGGCCGCCGCGCUCCCCAGCCGGCCGCCGCGGGCCCCGCCGCCUCCUGAGGCGCCGCCGCCCGGGCCCCGCCGGGCCCAGAGCGGAGCGGGGAGCGCCGCGCCGCCGCCGUCCGUGCGGCCCGGUUGGGCGAGCAGGGCGGGAAGAUGGCGGCGGGCGGCGGAGGCGGCGGCCGGGCCUCCUCCUCCUCCUCCUCGGCCGCCGCCUCCUCCUCGUCGGCCGGCGCGCUGGAGGCCUCGCUCGACAGGAAGCUGCAGGCGGUGACCAACACGAUGGAGUCCAUCCAGGGCCUCUCCUCCUGGUGCCUGGAGAACAAGCGGCACCACAGCACCAUCGUCUACCACUGGAUGAAGUGGCUGCGCCGCUCUGCCUUUCCUCAUCGUCUGAACCUUUUUUACUUGGCCAAUGACGUCAUACAGAACUGCAAGAGAAAAAAUGCAAUUGUCUUUCGUGAUACGUUUGCAGAAGUGCUUCCUGAAGCUGCUUCGUUGGUGAAGGAUCCAUCCGUUUCCAAAUCUAUCGAAAGAAUCUUCAAAAUCUGGGAGGACAGGAAUGUGUACCCCGAGGAAACCAUUUUGGCCCUAAAAGAAGCUCUGAGUACCACUUUCAAAACUCAGAAGCAGCUGAAAGAAACCCUGAACAAACAACCGAAUAAGCCGUGGAAGAAAUCACAAACAUCCACAAACCCGAAAGCUGCUUUGAAGUCCAAGAUUGUUGCUGAAUUCAGACCACAGUCUCUUAUUGAAGAAUUGCUAUUAUACAAGCGCUCGGAAGACCAGAUAGAACUGAAAGAGAAACAGCUUUCCACUAUGAGAGUGGACGUCUGCAGCACUGAGACACUUAAAUGUUUAAAAGAUAAAACAGGAGGAAAGAAGUUCUCCAAGGAGUUUGAAGAAGCAAGUUCAAAGCUGGAAGAAUUUGUAAAUGGCUUAGACAAGCAAGUGAAAAAUGGCCCCUCUCUCACCGAAGCCCUGGAGAACGCCGGUAUAUUUUAUGAAGCGCAGUAUAAGGAAGUCAAGGUGGUAGCAAAUGCUUAUAAAACAUUCGCUAAUCGAGUGAGCAAUCUAAAGAAAAAGCUAGACCAGCUGAAAGCAACACUUCCUGAUCCAGAGGAGUCUCCUGUUCCUUCUCCGAGUAUGGAUGCCCCGUCUCCGACAGGCUCCGAGUCCCCUUUUCAGGGCAUGGGGGAGGAGGAUAACUCCCGGUCUCCGGUGGUUGGAAGCCGCAAGACGGUAUCUCCAGAGCCUGUGACGGAUAAUCGGGAUGUGGAAGACAUGGAGCUGUCUGAUGUGGAGGACGAUACGUCUAAAAUUAUUGUGGAAGAGAGGAAGGAGAAGCAGGCUCCUCCAGCUUCAGCACCCGUCAAGACUGAAAGCAUCCCCAAAGCGGUGCCGUCUACCGCUGCGGUGGGCACAACCUCGGUGACGGUGACAACGCCUGCCCAGACUCCUCCAACCCCUCCGGCUCCAAAGGCAGUGAGCGCGGCGGCGCCCAUCCCUCCGUCGCCAGCGCUUGCAUUGCCCAACCUGGCCAACGUGGACCUGGCAAAGAUCAGCUCCAUCCUUAGCAGUUUAACUUCUGUCAUGAAAAACACAGGUGUCAGUCCCGCCUCGAGACCUUCUCCAGGAACCCCGACCAGCCCAACAGCUCUUACUAGCGGCCUGAAGACUCCUGUCAUGGGAACUCAGUCUGCUCCUUCCAACCCAUUAGCAAAUAUUCUCUCCAAAGUUGAAAUAACUCCUGAAAGUAUUUUGUCUGCUCUCUCCAAAACCCAGACUCAGACCGCACCAGCAUUGCAAGGUACCAGAGUGGGUCGCGAGGGAAUGGCUAACUGUGUGUUCGGUGGCAGUAGCCACGCUGAAACGUGCUGCAGUGCUUAUCCUAAAGCGAAAAUGAAAAACUUUUAUGUGGAAUGUAUUACGUCUGUGGCAAGGUGACUUUUUCUCAGGUAGCCCACGUGUUACGGAUCAGCAAGUUCACUUACUUUGCUGUACGUCUUCACAUUUUUGCCGUGACUGAAGGGCGCUCAUCCAGAACGCUUGGUUGAAGGGCGC